UGGUCUAAGGUUACUUGUUACAGUUGCAGACAAAAGGCGCCAAAUACCUGAUUGACAAAAAAAUUGUUAGGUUAUCCAACUUAUUACCGAUCAUUUUUCAUUAUCAUUAUAUAAAACAUCAUAAUAAUUAUACUUGUGAUUGAAAAAGUUAAUCUAAAACCAGGUUGAUUCUUUGAAAAAUCUCACACAUAACACAUUAUAGUUUCAUCAGUAAAAAAAUGUCAGAAAGUGAAUUGAGACAUCAAGUAAAUGGUGCCACGCUUCCGCAAUUUCAAGGAAAGAAUGUCAGUAUAUUUGGCGAAAUAUUGAAGUCAGACCCCAGUGGACGUUCCUUCGAUAUCAAAACGAGUGACAAUAUGAUUGUAUCAGUGUCUGUGAAUCAACCUCUUACUGAACCGAUUUCUGGACUAGUUGAGGUCAUAGGAAAGGGUCAAGGACGAAAUUCUAUGGUCUGCGAGAAGUAUUUACAGUUUUCUGAUGAGUUGGCCGCUACUUACGAUGCCGAGAUUGAUAAUGCAGCUGUCACUUUCCUGAAUAGUACCGAGAAUGUUUGGAGUUGAUUUAGAAAAAUGCGGAUUUUUUUUUGGAAACGUGUAUAUAUUUGAUUAAUCUAAGCUUGUGAGUACAACACUAUGCGUUUAUUUGUAUCAUUCGUCUCUGAACUGAAAUACACGUAAUAGCUUGGA